AUGUUCUUUUUCGGCCUCGGAAAAUUGUUUCAAGUCGGAUGGAGCCGUACACAGUACGAUGCAGGCUUCGGAGCAACGCAAGAUAACACCAGCAUCAAAGCGAAAUCCGCAGAUCUAAUCGCCAGUGUUCGAACAGUUAUGAGAAGCGUCGUUAAACGUGGAUCCAGCCUCGUGGCAACCAUAUAUUGCUCCUCCGGCCACUCUGAGGAUGUGUAA